GUAGUCUGCCGGAAGUGUCGUCAUAGGGAGACCCCGCCCUGUUGUUGUUGUCGCUCCUGUCACGGCUCCGGUAACAUGAAGUGGAUGUUUAAAGAGGAUCACACGCUGGAACACAGGUGUGUGGAGUCGGCGAAAAUCCGAGCCAAGUACCCAGACAGAGUUCCGGUGAUUGUAGAAAAGGUGUCAGGCUCGCAGAUAGUGGAUAUUGAUAAACGAAAGUACCUGGUACCAUCGGAUAUCACUGUCGCACAGUUCAUGUGGAUAAUCCGAAAACGAAUCCAGCUUCCAUCAGAAAAAGCAAUCUUCCUCUUCGUAGACAAGACUGUGCCCCAAUCUAGCCUAACCAUGGGACAGCUGUAUGAAAAAGAAAAAGAUGAGGACGGAUUUAUGUAUGUGGCUUACAGUGGCGAGAACACCUUUGGCUAUUAAAUAUGCUGACAGCUUGUGAAUCUUGUAAAUAGGUGGUUUGAUUUUAACACGAUGCAUCACUUUUCUCCCUGUAGUCUCGAUGUUUCGGUUGUACAGACUUUUUUUUUUUCUUCCUCUCUCUGUGUAUGUGACCAGCUGUUAAAAUGUAAUGUCUUGAAUUUCUUGUGCUUUGUGAAUUAACCCUACAGCUGCUGGGCUUGCAUUGCAAAGCCAAACAAUGUGCCCUCUCUGGCACUGGUGGAUGUUAACCCUGUGGCGUACAAGAUAGCUAUGUAACAGCUUGUGUGGCAUCCUCUCCUGGUAGCCAAUGGGUUAACAGUCUACCAUUCUGCAUUUAUUGAAUACGGAGAUGUGAAAUUAGUGUGAUCACAGUCCAUAUUCAGACGAAUCCUGGAUUCAUUUUUAGAAAUGAUUUGCUUAUUUAAGAACGUAGAACACAAACUGUUAGUGGGUAAUAUAUAAUCAUUCAUUUAUCUUGUUACUGGUGUGUAACUAAAAUACUAAACUUUACAACUUCCUGCAAAUAAGGUUCAACCAUAUAAUAAAAUAAAAAUAGUGAAUUGAAA